CCAAAGCAAUGCAACACCGCAGCGCAUGUGUCAUAACCAGAACGUCAGAGCAGCCCGAAUAGUCUUUCUGGAGACCGCAGGUUGGCAAUUUGGCGGCCCGCCUGUUCAACAUGUCACCGACCAGAUACCUCACGCCCGCGAAGAUCAGUCUACUUGUCCUCGUCAAACUCCACUGCGAUUCCGAGGCUUCUCCCUCGCCCGCUACAAUACCCGUCCUGUCCUUCAUCCUCUCUCAUUGCAUCCCGCCUGCCGCAUCGUGCGCCCGUGCGCAGCAGCCGGAAGGGCACCACGACACCUCUUUCUCUAUUCAAACAUUUAAGAAUGUCCUCCAAGACCAUACCUCAAGCAGGUUGCCCGGCCGAACGCUUCUAUAUGUCUUUUUGAGGCGUAUGUGGGAGAUGAACUCGUUGGACGCGCUACAUAACCUAUUCGACAGUCUCGGGGAACUCUUAGUACGGUCCAGAGAAUAUCCGGCUCCCGAGGAACCUCGAGACCGUAUUUAUCUCUCUCGGACUUCGCCACUUGGAAUAUUCGUCAGACGAGCACGCGUGGAGUUUACCAGACUGCCGUUCGAUGACAUUAUGAAGCUUUGGUCCGCAUUCAUCCGGUAUCGAGCGCCGACGGCGCAGUGGAUGAUGAGACUUGCUGGACUUGCUGUAUCGGGAGUGGAUAUCGUGGCCACCGACAUGGGGUUGAGCACCACAGACGAUCUCUAUGAGGUCGUAUAUGGCCACCCCGCAAAGGAGGAGGAUGAGGGACAAGCUCUCAGCGUGGACGACCUUGAGCGCUUGCUAGAUUUUCAGCUUGAUCGGCUGCAACGGUUUGGCUCUCGUGUUCCAGAUGAGCUGAGGCAGCAGCUUCGACACAUCCUCGAACAUUCCGGAGUCGGCCUUGUCCAAGCUCAUUUGGUGAGGUUCUUCGAUGCUUGGAGGGCCGGCGACUAUACAUCGGCUUUUGAUAACCUGCACCGAUACUUUAAUUACGCAAUGCAGGCCCGAGAAAGGAACUAUUAUCAAUACGCCCUUCUACACAUGGCUAUCCUGCAGGCGGAUUUUGGUUGCUUCGGAGAGGCUAUCGCUGCCAUCAACGAAACAAUCGCUACAGCCAGAGAAAAUCAGGACAUGCAAUGUCUGAACUUCAGUCUCAGCUGGCUGAACCACGUAAGCAAAGCCUAUCCGAAACAGAUGAAGGGUGCAGGGUAUAUGGGUAUGCUCGGGUCGAAGAGGGAGGGAUUGGCCUUUUUGAAGGCGAAAGCCAGAGAGACGAAGAUGUAUAACCUCCUAGGCGCGACUUUGGUCAGCGAAGCCAAACUAUACCUGUCUACGGGCGAUUCCAUUCCGCGCUCACUGGAACAUUUAUAUCAGGCCUCCCACCUCAAUGUCAGGGAGCACAUAGGCAAUCAUGGUGCCGUUAUGCUCUUUCAAUCCGCGCUGUUCUCACGCUUGGGGAUCACUCAUCUUUCGGGUGCCUACUGUCAACUGCUCCUCGAUUGCUGCCAGAAUGGAAGUCCGCUAGAUGAACGCAUCAAGGCGACUGGUCGACACGCCUUCCUGGUCGCACAGACGGGGCGAUAUGACGAUGCACUCCGUCUGCUAGAAUCCCCCGGUACCUCGGCUCGUCGAACUUUGAAAUUCCAUCAGUAUUUGUUUCUUUGUAUGGGGCAAAUAAGACUCAAGAGAGCCGUGCAUCGGAUGGAUUGGAAUACGUGUGAUGCCCUCGCUUCGUCGCUUUCGCCGGGUCCCUUGACCGAUCCUGAGGUCUCCUACCUCCUUUCCGAAGCUCGGUUUGACUACCUCGUUGCACGCGGCCACUACUCAGAAGCGUUUAACUCCAUAGACUCGCUCUGCACGUCGUUAAGAGCGCAAGGAGCGGACAUCAUACAACGUCUUUCCACGCUCAUCUCCAAAGCAGACCUCUUUAGAAAGAUUGGAAAGCCUGAGCGGGGCUUCAGCGUUGCUUUGCGUGCCGCCAACGUGGCCUUCAAGGCGCGGUUGAUGCCAUGUCUGUGGUCGGCCGUAGGGAUACUGGCGAACAUCUUAAAUGCCGUGGGCGAAUGCGAGGCAGCGACGAGGUUGUUGCACGCCGUCAUCCCUCAGUCCCUCGAACACGGCGAUUACUUCAUUACUGGCACGCUGUAUUCCCACAUCGGCGACUCUUACGUUGGACUCGCUGGCCGAGAUAUUCCUUCGACUUCCCAGGGCUCCAGACGCCGAGUGGCUAAUAUAGGCCGCGCAGAGCUGUACAUUGACAGGGCUCGAGAAUGCUUCAAGAAGGUCGAGAAUCUCGACGGCGAGUGCGAACAGCUGAUGAAGAAGGCGAUUAUCGCCAAGUUGAGGGGCAAUGACAGGCUGGCUGAGGAAUGGGCGCAGAACCACAAUCGAGUGUGGGACCAGGGCAUGGGUCGAAUCACAGACGGCGACAUGCGGAGACGAAGCGUGUCUACGCUCUUAGACCACGGAAGCGGCGGCUAGAGCGUCUCCAGGAGCAAUUAUUCUGCUUACCCGCAAGGAGGUUUCAAGCCAACGUGCCUCAUAAUCACACAAGAGAAGAAGCGCGCACCCUUACCCAUGUCGAGUGGGGCGGCUCAAGAGUAGUGGUACAUAAGAGAACUGGAAUUGCUAGUAGCUGAU